AUGAAGCUCGAAACAACUACUGUCUGCAAAUCAGUUCUUCAGGACCAAAUCAAGACUUUGGACUUUUUUAUUGUUUAUAAGGUGUUCCAGGUGAGGAAGGUCCAAGGAGCCCAAGCAGGAAAAAUAUUUGCUAUGAAGGUUCUGAAAAAGGCUAAAAUCGUGUGUAACGCUAAAGACACGGCGCACACCCGAGCAGAGCGGGAGAUCCUGGAGAAAGUGAGACACCCAUUCAUCGUGGACCUGCUGUACGCCUUCCAGACCGGAGGAAAGCUCUACCUCAUCCUGGAGUGUCUGAGCGGAGGAGAGCUCUUCAUGCAGCUGGAGAAGGAGGGCAUCUUCAUGGAGGACACGGCCUGCUUCUACCUGGGAGAGAUCAUUCUGGCCCUGGGUCACCUCCACUCCAACGGGAUCAUCUACCGAGACCUGAAACCGGAGAACAUCAUGCUCUGUCACCAUGGACACAUCAAGCUGACGGACUUCGGCCUCAGCAAGGAGUCGAUCCACGACGGAAGCGUCACGCACACUUUCUGUGGCACCAUCGAGUACAUGUGA